AUGAAACGGUAUACUGUGUCUUUUGUAGAAGUUUGGGAUGGAGAUAAAGUAAUUUCGAGCUGGUUUGAUUAUGAGAAAGGUGGUAACAAAAAUGGUUAUGGCAGUAUGGAUAAAGGGGAAAACGAACAAAAGGCAUUGUUUCACAGACUAAUCAGCGAUAUGGUAAUACGAACUGUUGUUGAUCUUCCAGGUAACAAAGUCACCAAAACAUCAAUGGAUCUCAUAGAUGGCUAUGAUUGUUAUUACACAACUGCGGAUGAUUCGAAGGUGAUUGUAUGUUUUGUGAAGGAAGCAGUACCUAAGUUCCUUCCGCUUCGACUAUUGUCGGAAUUGAAGAACUUAAAUAACGACACUGAUGAAAAGCUACAAAAUAAUGUCAACAACCAAUUGGACAAGUUCCAUGAAGAACUCUUGUCGUAUCGAACCGAGGGACAGGAGAUAGGGAACGCAACUGAGGAGGAGUUACAGAAAAUUAUCGCAAUAAUGAACGAUAAUAUCGACAAAUUCUUGCAGAGACAGGAAAGAAUAUCCCUGCUUGUAGAUAAUACGAAUCAAUUGAACGAAAAUAGCUUUAAGUUCCAUCGUAAGUCAUCUAAAAUCAUGAGGAAAAUGUGGUGGAAUAAUGUGAAAUUCUAUUCCAUUAUAGCCUUCAUAGUCAUUGUCAUUAUUGCAAUCAUGUUCUUGAUAUUAUUACACUGA